AUGAUUCUAGAUGGCUUUCCACCAAAGAAAAAAGUCGCUUCUCCUCUUACCCAAUCCCUCGCAACCAGCCAACAUUCACAGAAGCAAAUACAACAUGGUGCCAACGAUUCCUCAGAGUCGGUAAUAGAAGUAGGAACAGGACAAAACAGUGUAUCAACAACAGUCAACGGUUCAACGCCCCCGCCACAAGGCACUACUGCUGGAGAGAGUGGCCCGUCUGUGCCAGCGGCUCCUGUUAAACCUAAGAGUUGGGCUGAAUUGCUUCGAUCAAAGAAUCCAGCGCCAGCCUCAACGCCCUCAGUCCCAAAUGGCACUGUAGGAGAGAAGCAAGGAGAUCAAAGCCACAAAGUAGCUAAUGUGAAUGGUGUCAAGUUUGAAGGUAUUGCAGAUGUCUUGCACAGACACAAACCCACGUACACCUCACCUUUGAUUCAGCCUCGAGGAUUGGUUAACAAUGGCAAUAUGUGCUUUAUGAAUGCAAUCUUGCAGCCGCUUCUGCACUGUCCUCCAUUCUACAACCUUCUCACACAAAUCAGAAAACAUGCUGUGCACAAUUUCAAGAGCACCACGCCUUUGGUGGAUUCCCUGAUAAUCUUUUUGAAUGAAUUUCAUAUCUCAAAAAAGAAUCAGCCGGAUUAUGGUCCACCCUUUGUACCAGAAUACGUGUAUGAUGCCCUUCGCGGACUCAAGCGCUUUGAUUCCAUGCGUGGUCGACAGGAAGAUUGCCAAGAGUUCCUGGGCUUCUUGCUGGAUGGUCUUCACGAGGAGUUCUUUGCCGCUAUGAAAGAGAAGCCGCAAGGAUUGGAUACCAAUGGAACUGUAGAGCAUGAAGACAGUGAAGGCGGUGUGAGCGAAGAUGAGUGGAUGGAAGUCACCGGACCUAGAAACAAGGCAUCCUAUACACGUUCAACCCAGUUUUCAGAAACCCCCAUUUCUACUAUUUUCUCGGGCCAGUUACGCUCUAUUCUUCGAAUCCCGUCUCAAAAGGAUUCUGUCACACUUGAACCAUUCCAGGCUCUACAGCUGGAUUUAACCCCCGACAAUGUUCUUACUAUUGAAGAUGCCAUAUUUAACUCGACCGCGCCAGAAGUUCUUGACGGUUUCACCAGCUCAGAAAAGGGAGGUAUUACCGUUGAGGCGACUAAGAAGAUUUUCAUUGAGCAUGCACCCCCAGUCCUCGUCCUUCAUUUGAAACGGUUUGUCUAUAAGGAUGGCGGUACACAAAAGCUACAUAAGCAAGUUGGAUACAAGGCAGUGCUAAACCUUCAGCCAGAUAUCAUAUCUCCUUCGCGUCGUCCUUCAACCCCUAUUCCCUAUAAGCUCUUUGGCGUUGUUUAUCAUCAUGGUCGGAGUGCUGCAGGCGGCCAUUAUACGUGUGAUGUACUAAGGCAAAACGACGAGUGGCUUCAUAUUGACGAUACCAACAUCAGUGUUGUAAAUGAAUCAGACGUUACAGUUAUCGGUGAAGAGGCUGGAGAGUCUCAUAGUGCUAAGCCGACCCUCAAUGGAACAAUGACCAACGGCGGUGUAUCAGAAUCAGCAGCCCUUGCAGCAGCUCUGUCAGCAUCAUCAGUACCAGCCAGUAGAUCUAGCGAUGGUGUAGCAUAUGUCUUAUUUUAUAUUCGUUCUGAUCAAAAGACGUCUGUACCAACUCCUGGCUCUAUUGCACCAACACCAAUGGGCCCUAGUUCCUCCAAACCUUUUGUAAAUGGUAGCGCCAACCAUUCCAAAGCAUCAUCGCAAGGAUGGAGCGUUCCCAAAAAGUAG